CGCGCGCACACACGCACACUCUCGCGCGCGCGCGCAUAUAAUUAUUUUAUUAAAUAUUAUUUACCCGAUAGUGAAACUACAAUAAUAAUGUAUACAAUAAAUUUCAUUCCGAUAACAGAGAAAAAAAAAUAACAUUUAUAGUUUAAAAUUAUACUUCCACUAGCGUUAAUUAUUAUAAUACGACAAUUUACGCGUAAAUCGACGUUGGUGACUAAUUAAAUUGAUGUUUUUAUUCAGUCGUGUAUGUGUAUCGCGUCGUAUUAUACAUGCAUAUUAUUAUUGUUAUUAUUCAACUCUAUCUAUUUUGAUAAAUCAAUUUUCAUUCCUCGGCGAUUAUCGAAGAAUAAUCAGCUCGGCGAUCCGGUUUCAGAUUCUUAAGUUUUUCGGCUUGUUUUGUUGCGUGCGAGCUUAUUACCAAUAUUCGAUGCCGACAGGAUGGACGUUUGACACGAAAACGAUCUUUCACAUACUAUCAUAGACGCUUUACAUCAGCUAAAAACGGCGAAAGUGAAACUAUAGAAGACGAAGACCCAAUGAGUGACGUGAAAGAUGAAGUCAAAGUUGACAAUGACAAAAGUAUUGAGCAGCAGCAAGGAUCACCAAAAUCUGUCGAUGCUGACAUUCCAAUGACAUUUGUGGAUACAGAUCACAAUUCACUAGAACAGUGUAAAAAAAAUGAAGAUACUGAAGAAAAGGAAAAUGACCCGUCGACACCGGACGAAAUGUUAAAUACAGUACGUCUGGUAGGUGAGCCACUGGCCACACACGGCCCAUACACGUUUUACAGUGCUUUAGCUUAUCGCAAACGCGAUGGCAUAACAAAAAAAAAGAGACAGCGAUGGAAAAAGCCAAUGACAGGAGUGGAUGAUGAAAGCGAUAACGCUGCCGAGUCUUAUGAUUCGUCUUCGUCGUGUUGCUGUGCAAAUAAUGAUGCCGGCAAUGAUUUAUGUUUCUGUGACGAUGGUUCGUCGUCAUCAAGGUCUUCGUCAUCGUCUCGUUCUGAAUGGUCAGUUGUGCAUAUGAAUCAUUUCUAUGCAGUUCGCCCAUGGUACAGCAAGAAAAACAGCAGUAUUAGUGAUCGGCAGCAGCUGCGGCAGCAAAGGCGUCAUCGAGAAAACUCACCAAAAUUGCCCAAAACAACUACUGCAGCAGCAGAGAGACGACAGCAUCACUAUCAGCAAUCCGUAUGUAUUGGUGAACUGGAGCUAUUAUGGCGUGAUGACAGCGUGGUAACGUCAUCAACAGCUCCAUCAUCAUCUUCGUCACAACUCAAGAAACGUAAUAAUAACAGAAUCGUGCCUCCUGCACUGUUAACAGUGGCAUCAAAUGGCAAUGGUGAUGGAACAGAUAGUAUGGCAAGCAGUAAUAUCCAUGCCGGUGCUGUGGUCAGUUCAGAUGACGACGACGGUGUUAGUGGUGGAUUUGACGAUGAUUCAUCAACAUUAUUGCCACGCCGUCGCACUUUACCCAGACGCACUCGUCAGCCGUCGGCUAAGAAACUUGAGGCUGCUGAAUCUUACGCUGCAGUGGCAGCUGCAGCAGCGUCUGAUAACCAUCUCUUACCACAGUCACCAUAUAACCGCAAUCGAUUAUCAACAGCUGCGCCAUCAGAUCCCACCUCUGUGGGUGUUCCAUUGUUAUCGCCAGACGCUCAGUACAGUCAUGGAAACGUCCUGUGCAGCGUUCGGUUAUAUGUGAUGCCUGACCAGACAGCCGCCGGUCGACUCGGUGGUGUACACGGUGAGGAUGAAGUGUUAGAGAUCAAUACUUGGAGUGCUAGUGGGGGUGCAGAAAGAUGGCCGAGUAACAUAUUUAUGAACGGCAACAGUAGUGUAGGAUCUAUCUACAACGGUGGGGGUAGCGUUGACGAUUAUGGUUAUGGUAGUGGAAGUCAUUCGUCAGGAACAUUACCAUCUGGCUGUUCAGGAUUAGUAUUGCGAGCCGAAGAUUUUGUCGAAUGGGUACGCGGUGGACUGAUGAAUGAUGAUGACGAAAAUGAAGACACAGAAUCUGAUGAUAAGUCAUCAGAAUCGGAUUGUGAAGACAACAGCUCUAAUGACCGAAAAUGCAACAAAAUAGAAACUUCAAAAUCUAAGGAUGAGCAACAGUUAGAGUUGUCAUCAUUAGUAACUGACACUAAGGCUGAUGUAAAACAAAGUCAGGAAGAGAUAUUAAAAACUUGGGACAAUGAUAAAGUAAAAUUAGAAACAACCCUGAUCAAAGAUGAAGUGAUGAAAGAAAUUUCUGUAAAUCCAGUAAAAGUGAAAAAGGAACAAGAAGAGUUGACUGUAGCAGUUGAUUUUGGUGUCGAUAGUAGUAAAUUAAUGAAACAGAAACUCGAUAGCUGUGGCAGAAACUUUUACUCAAAAAUUGCUGUUGACGAGGCUGUAGAAGCAGAACAUGUUCCCUUAGCUGCAGCUAGAAUUCACAAAAAACCGUGUGAAAGUGUUACUUACCGCCAUCGACACUGCCGUCGCCAGCGCCAUGGUUUAAAUCACAGGUCAUUAGUAAAUGGUGAUAGCACUAGUACUGUCGAUAAGAAAAACAAUCCUCGCCAUGAUAAUGGAUCAGCGGUGAUAAAUAAAGUUGAAAAGAAGCAGGACAAUGAUCAAAAAUGUUGCUGCUAUUGUUGUAAACGCCGUCGUCAAAGUUUCCGACAUAAUGAAAAAAGAACAAAUAGCAGUGUCAAUGUGGGUAGUAAUAUUAAACAACGAUUGGUGGUUAUGAGCUACUCUCGAUACUGCCGAUAUAGAGCACAAUUGCAACGUAAGCGUGAAGAGCAGUUGAACCAGGGAAAUACCCCUGUUGCCAUAGCUGAUAAUAAAGAAAAGUUGAUGACAGCCACAUACCGUGGAGUAGAUUCAAUGACCAGAGUGCUAUUUUGUCGGGACACAUAUGAUUAUCCAGCUGAACUUCUGUUGGAGCCUUUUAAUGCGCAACAAAACCAUCAGCAAAACACGGCAGUGUUGGUCAACCACAUGGCGCCUAAACUCAAAGGCUGGCCUUCUCAUCCAGCAUCCUGGAUGUCAUUCCGAUGGAACCGAGUGCGCCGUCGGUUACGUCAUCUUGAGCGUGGUGGUGAUAGCAAUGAUGAUCGACGUAGGCGUCAUCGGCGUCGAAAGCUUAAGAAGAAAUGUAAUCGUCAACAAAAUGGAGCCAGUGGGGCGACUGUGGGAGUGAAUUAUUCGUCAUCAACUGAUGAUGACGAUUCUGACGAUUCAGAUUCUGAUGAUGAGUCUUCUGCUUCAAACGAUGCUGCCACAAACACCACCACUGACGCUUCUACCUCAGAUUCGGAUAGCGCACCACCGCCAUCAACAGUGGUGUCUAAAACUGUCAAUAAAAAUAAUCCCACCACAAAAGUAAACAUUCAUCACAGUAACAAAAAAACUAUCUCUACAUCAUCUACUGGAAACAUGAUCGUUAUUAACGGUGUUACUACAGUAUCUGCAGCUAUGAUUAACAAGCGUCCGUCGGCGGCUGUCGGGCAACUUGGUCAGCAACAACCGACCAAACGUCGCCGUAUGGUUUAUACCACGGAACAACUUCAGAAUCAACAUGUGCAACAACCACGAGUAAUUUACCAGCAGCAGCAAUCACUUUCAAGACCUAGACACCCCCAGCUCCAGCAGCAGUCUAGUCACAGAUCUAGACAACUGGAACAAUUAAAUCAGCUUAGCCAAUCACAGCGUCAACAGCACAUCCUUGCAGCCCAGCAGCAACAACAAAGACUACAGCCGUUAAACAGACGACUACCACCACCCAUUUCGUCGCUACAAUCUUCAACGACUAGAAUAAUACAUCAUCACCUGCCACCUUCGGUAUCUAUUAUGCCAGUUAUAGUCCCCACUACUAAUAGUUCUCAUCAACAGCUACAACGAUUUAAUAAUCGACUGCAAAACCGGCAAAAAAUACAUGCUACUGCUACAGUUUUACCAGUCACUUCUCAGCGAAGAAAUAAUAAUAUUGAAUGCCAACCAACAUCUCUUCCACCUGUCAUAAUAGAAUAUGACGAUGACGAUGACAACCAAGAGUAUGGAUCUGACGAUAAUGGUCGAUAUAAAAAAUCUACGAUGGCAGCAAUUAUGGCUUGCCAAAGACGUGUUUCACGCCAAAAUUUUAACGACGAGCAAAGACAACAGCAAGAAGACGAAGAAAGGCAGCGUCGGUGGUUAGUAGAUGCUUUGCGAUUGGGCGGGUUGGAAGUUACAGCAGUACCUUUAAAUGCAAGUGCUGGUAGUGGAAACAGCGUUGGAAAAGAUGCUAGUGCUGCAGUAACUUCACAACAACGUCGGCGGCAUGGUGUUUCAUUUGAAUCAUUGAUGUCUGCCAACAACGAAAAGUAUAAUGGUGCCAUUAAGAAUGAACUAUGUCAUGGCGGUACUGAUGAUGACUCAAAUGUAGAUUCAGACUCAGAUUCUGUAGUGAUGACCGUGACGCCUGAUGUUGUAUGUUUAUUGAACAAGUCUCAGCAACACCAACAGCAAAUAUCUCAUCAAAGACAGACAUCACCAGGAAGUGGUUCCACAUCAACAACCUUGGUGACAACGAGUCAUCAUCAUCAGCAGCGACGGCGAUCAGCUAACAUGAACCACGGUAGCAUUGGUGGCCAGCAGCAUACUGCAGCAGCUGCAGCGGCAGCAGUUUUACAUGACAAAAUAAAUCGCGCGAUUGAUUCACUGAAACUGCAACAGCAGCAACAAAAGCCAAAUGAAGACAUACAAGUCAGUAAUAAAAGUAACAAUAUAUUAUUGACCGGUUUAGCUAAUCAUGGAAAUCCUAUUAGUGACAAUAAUAAUAGGCAACAGCAAAGACUGCGCAAAAAUGGUGGUGUAAUCCGUCAACAGCAGACCCCGGCCCUGCUGGAUCUCUCUGUUAAGCCAUCAGCGUUUCCAAACACUACAAAGCAACAGAGAUCAAUAUCAACAGUCGUGAACAGCAACCUACAAAAUCAACAAAACCGAAAAGGUCUAAUACCAUUCCAUUCUUCUACCACUUCAGGAUCUUCAACUGCAGCGACUAACCUGGAAAUCACAAUCGUACCUGUUACAACUUCGGCCCCAUCUAAUUCGUUGAGGCUUCUAUCACAGCAGCAACAUAAACGUAACUCGUCAGCAGCAGCACAUAAUAGUAGUGGUUCUGCUUCUAGUUCUUCUGCUCCAAUGACGGUUAGGCAACAACUACAACGUCGGAAUGCAACUGUGGUUUCAACAGCUACUGCAUCGGGGUCCAUUGUAGAUAUGUUAUGUGGAGGCAAAAGUCGAAACCAUCAACAACGUAAUGGUAGUAGUAUGUCUGUAACAACAACAUCCACUAUUACUACUACUUCUUCUUCUUCUUCUUCUUCUACUACUACUCCUUUGCAGCAAAACCAACAGCAGCAAAUGCUCAUAAUAGCUGCUACUGCAAUGGCCGCUGAACAACAACAGAAAACUGAUAAACUUAAGUCACAACAAAAUAAAAAAGAUUAAGAUGAUUAUCCACCAAUUUUUUUCAGUGUAAAACAAUAGUUGAGAAGAUGGAGACAAUUAAAUUUUG